AUGGACAUAGAAACGAUUCUGUUCUACGUCUAUGUCGUUGUCGGUGCACUAGUAGCUGUGUCCAAUGGUUAUUUUGCGUAUAUUCUGAUUCGACAUCAAACACUGCUACAGCGCUACGGUGUCAUCAUUGUACAGAUGAUUGGAAAUGCUGCAACUGGUGUUGCGUUGUUGUUAGCAGGAACUGCGCGACUUUUUAUGAUACAUUCGGGUCAUGAGACGCUCACCAGUAAGCGAAUGUGUAUGCUCAUGCCAUGGAACUUACUUUUUAUUUGGUAUAAUUUUUUCUAA